AACAAAAGCGAAACUACGGCACCAGCGCCUGACCUCCAAAGUCCCCUUUUCCCACCACUUCUCCGUUCUCCCCCACCUCCCGCGAAAGCAGCAGCAGCAGCAGCAGCCAUGGCCGCCUCCUGCGACCUCCUCGACGUCGACCCGCCGGAGCUUCAGUUCCCGUUCGUGCUCGACAAGCAGAUCUCCUGCCCCCUGCGGCUCACCAACAGGACCGACAAUACCCUCGCCUUUAAGGUCAAGACGACGAGCCCCAGGAAGUACUGCGUGCGGCCCAACAAUGGCGUCGUACCCCCACGGUUCUCCUGCACAGUUGUAGUUACGAUGCAAGCGCAGAAGGUGGUGCCUCCGGAUUUGCAGUGCAAGGACAAAUUCUUGGUGCAGAGCGUGAUCGUCGGUGAUGGCUUGGCGUCCAAGGACAUAACCUCGCAAAUGUUCGUGAAAGAAGGGGGUAAUGUGGUUGAGGAGGUGAAGCUGAAGGUUGCUUAUGUGAUGCCACCUGAACCACAAUCAGAGAUUGCAGAGGAGCACGAUGGUUUAGAGAGAAUUUUAGUGCCUAUGCAGCGUAAUGUGGACAAUGGAAGGAGUACUUCAGAGCUGUCGAGUGGCUCUGUGUCUUUGAGAUCAGCUGAGGAGGUGGGAUCACCUGUUGGGCGAAUUGUGAAGAGUGAGGAGUUCCUGAAGGCUGCAGGACCUGCUCUGGAAACAAAAAUAUAUCCGGGACCUGCUGAACAAUCCAAUCAGCUGUCAGCUAUAAUUGCAAAACUGACUGAAGAAAAGAAUUCUGCACUUGAGCAAAAUAGAAAGCUUCGAGAUGAAUUGGAACUUGUAAGGCGCGAAGCCAGUAAACAGCAAGGCAGCUUCUCGCUGGUUCUCUUAAUAGCUAUUGGGCUACUGUGCAUCAUUCUGGGUUAUCUUGUAAAUAAAUGAGAAUUUUAUAGUCUAAUGGGGUACUAGUUAUGGUAAAUAAAAGGUGACAUAUCGUGUGAUUCUUAGAUUCGUCAGCCAGCUGCCAAUGCUACGAGCCGUGCGACAGCACGAGCGUCAAAUUGACAAAAGUGGGUUGUGUAAUGGCAUCUAGUUUGAUCCUUGAUGUAUUUUAACUAAUCGCUGGAAAAGUGAUUGCUCUUAUUGAGUUUGAUUUCUGUAUCAACCCCCUUCAAUUUAUCACCUAAA